AUGCGAUGGAUCACGUCACGAUGGUCGACCAAUCCCUACUGCGCCCUGGUGAUUGUUGUCAUUGCCUGCGGCGGGAUUCCGAAAGGAUAUGAUGAGGGUGGUUAUAGUGCCAGCGUCUCCCUCCCCUCCUUCAAGUCCGACUACAACCUCGUUAAACAAUGGGGAGUUGACGAUACCGAGCUAGCUAAUCGGAAAGCGAACAUCACCUCCUUCAACGUCCUAGGUGCAGCACUCGGUGCCCUGAUAGCCCUCGACCUCAAUGAUCGACUGGGACGCUUGGUGGCGUGGCGCCUGGCGUGCAUCGUGUGGGCAGCGGGGACAUUGAUCCAAAUAUUCGCGUCUGGUAUAUACGGACUGCUCUUGUUUAGUCGCAUAUGGGGCGGGUUAGGCGCGGGCGCUCUCACCGUCACUGCGCCAUUGUAUUUAACCGAAAUCGCCCCUGUGAAGACGAGAGGUCUGGUGGUGGGGAUAUACAUGGUAGUCUUACUGGCCUUUCUGGCCAUGGGAUUCUUUAUCAAUUAUGGUGCCAGGGUCCACAUGGCGAUCACGCGAACCCAAUACCGCCUAGUUCAGGCUGUGCCUUUAAUCCCUGUCGGCAUCGCAUAUGCUCUUUCGUACCUUUGCCCAGAGACUCCUCGGUAUCUCGUUUCAAAACAGCUCCACCACGAAGCGCUGGAGGCUCUAGCACGGUUACGCGGCAGGACUAUCAACGAUCCCGAAAUCACAAAGGAGUUCGCGACUAUCGAUGCACGGGAGCGGGAGCGAGCAACAGACCUAGCAUCUGUCUCUCAUUGGACUAUUUUCAAAGAGACCCAGACGAACCCAAAUUACCGACAGCGCUUCUGGCUGCUAAUGACUAUGCAAACUAUCGCUCAGUGGACCGGCGGGAAUGGCAUCACAUACUACGUAACGACCAUAUUCCAGUACGCCGGUGUAGGAGGCGACGCAACAUCCCUUGUCUCAUCAGGCGCCUACGGGAUCGUUAAACUAAUCUUCACAAUGGCCUUCACAUGGGGUCUAAUCGACCUCCUCGGUCGACGUCGCUGCACACUCGCCGGACUAAGUCUACAACUCGGGGCGCACAUCUACAUGGGUAUAUACAUGGGUCUGCGUCCAGGCUCAGCAGACAACAAAAACGCCUCCAACGCAGCCGUCGCAUCUGUCUUUGUUUACGCUGUCGGCUGGUCCAUCGGCCUCUGCACUGUGCCCUACCUGUACGGAACGGAGAUAUUCCCAACACGCAUCCGCAACCUCAGUUACGCGAUUAGUAUGGGGCUGCACUGGUUUUUCCAGUUUGCUGUUGUGCGAGUCACCCCGAAUAUGUUCGUCUCGCUUGAUAUCUGGGGUGCUUAUCUCUUUUGGGCGCUUAUUUGCUUUUCGGGGUUGGUUAUCCUUGGCAUUUGGAUGCCUGAGACGAAGGGUGUGCCUAUUGAGCGGAUGGGGGAUUUGUUCGAUGGGCCGUGGUAUCUGCGGUGGCGAGCUAAACCGAGGGAGUGGGAUGUUGCUUCGUCGACUGAUAUGUCGCAGAAUGUUGAGUUGAAGGAUGCUCGUGUCUUGAAGUCUAGUGGUUCGGUCUUGUGA